AGCAGCAUUCAAAUCUUGCAGACUCUUGCACUCUGAGAGCUUGUAAUAAGACAUACUCCUCUUACAAGAGUUGAUGCUACAGCAUAACAAAGAAACUUACGUUGUUGGAGGAGCAGUGUAUUCAUUUUGACAUUGUGCAGAGCAAUGCAAAGCUGGAGGACUUCUCCAUCCCUCAAAAUGAUAAUGAACUCUGCAGUCAGCCUUGUGAUUCUUUUGUCCCUUCUCUGUGAAGCACAUACUGUUUUACUAAAUCCCACUGACUCAUCUCUGCCAGCCAAUAACUUCACUGAUACUGAAGCCGCCCUCAGCGUACCAGUAGAGUUUGCGGAUAUCCCCAAAGCCAGGCGGAAGCGUUACAUUUCUCAGAAUGACAUGAUCGCCAUUCUCGAUUACCAUAAUCAAGUCCGGGGCAAAGUGUUCCCACCAGCAGCAAACAUGGAAUAUAUGGUCUGGGAUGAAAAUCUUGCAAAAUCAGCUGAGGCAUGGGCAGCAACUUGCAUUUGGGAUCAUGGACCUUCUUAUUUGCUGAGAUUUUUGGGUCAGAAUUUGUCUGUACGAACUGGAAGAUAUCGCUCUAUCCUCCAGUUGGUCAAGCCAUGGUAUGAUGAAGUAAAAGAUUACGCCUUUCCUUACCCUCAGGACUGCAACCCUCGGUGUCCUAUGCGAUGCUUUGGGCCCAUGUGCACUCAUUAUACACAGAUGGUUUGGGCCACUUCUAAUCGAAUAGGAUGUGCAAUUCACACUUGCCAAAACAUGAAUGUCUGGGGAUCUGUGUGGCGACGAGCAGUGUAUUUGGUCUGCAACUAUGCUCCAAAGGGUAACUGGAUAGGAGAAGCACCAUACAAAGUUGGAGUGCCAUGUUCAUCGUGUCCUCCAAGUUAUGGUGGAGCCUGUACUGACAAUCUCUGCUUUCCAGGGGUAACCACAAACUACCUGUACUGGUUUAAAUAAGCUUUUUCCUUUCAAGGGGAUACAAUGGUUUCUGGACUAAUAAGCAUAUAUAUAUAUACACUGAAGUUUGAACAGUUUAUAUCUACUUUAUUGUAAUCCUGUUUUCAUUUUAAUGGACAAUUUACUAGUGUUUAUCUAGAGUGUUAAGUUUUAGAUACAAACAAAACAUCAUUUUCUACUUUUGAACUUAAAUUUAAAUUACUGUACAUGUAGUAUACACAUAUGUAAUAUAUGUACACACAGUUGUUGCAUCCAAUUCUAAGACCUGCAAUUCAGAGAAAUUAUGUUAUUAUGACCCUAAAGAGUGGAAUGUAUGUCCAAGCUAUAAUAUAUGUGUACUCAUAUGUAUACAUAUAUAAAGAUAUGGUCACAUAUAUGAUGUGUGAUAUGAUACAUAGGUAAUAAUAUGAUAUGGUAGUUAACAGGGGAAAAUUAAAAAUAUACUUGAGGUCAUGAGACAUUUUCAGGACAACAUCUAUAAUUCCAAUGAAUGUAUAAUUUGCAACUCAGUGAUAUUUGGAAAUAACUUAAUUUAGCAAUUGUUGAAUUCAUUCUGGAGAUACUUUAUUUUAUUUGGGUCUACAAAGUGAAUGCUCAAUUUAUGUGAGUUUCCAUAACACACCUUUUGCUUGGUUUCAUUUUGGUUUUGAAUUAGUAAACAUGUUUAGUGUUUACUGUGACUAAUUUACUUUGCUGCUUAUGAUCUGAUAAUUACAUUUAAUUUUUGCCUUUGAGAAGCUAUCAGAUGUCCCUAAAAUAAUAAUUUUGCU